GUUUAGACGGGUGAGAGAAAGGGAGGCAGCUGUCUGAUCCGCGACGCUCCAUCAAAGCUUCCGCGCUCUUCCCCGGCAGGUGAGGUGACCUGCUGCUCGGUGUGUAGACGGAAGCAGAGAGCAUUUCCUCCCGCGGAAAACAGAGACCCGAAUUCCGCCGGAAUGGCGACUUUCCGGACCUUUCAAUCCCAGCUGCUGUCCAUCAUGGAGGCGCUGACCAAAGCGGCGGUGACGGAGAUCUGCGAGCUGGUGGACGACAGCUACGCCGUGCUGCAGCUGGAGAUCAGCCGCAGCCACAAAGAGAACGAGGCGCUGCGGAGGAAGCUGGAGCUCAUCGAGUCCAUCAUCGCCCGGAAGAACCGAGACGCUGCGAUUUCGGGCGGAGGCCGCUCGGAGGAGGAUGCGGAGGGGAGGCAGAGCGGCGGCAGUCGGCUGGAAUUUAACCUCGUUGGACCCUGCUCCGCUCAACACAAGCUCCCAGGAUGUGGACGGGUUCCGGUUCUGGAGGAGAGUCCUGGCAAAACAGAGGAUCCCCUGACACCUGCUGUUGAGGAGCCAAUCAGCAUCCAGCAGGAUGUGGUGGUCAUCAAAGAAGAUGGAGAGGAGAAGGAGGUGGACAUGGCGGCAGAAGACCUGCUUCUGAACGACGACGGGACAGAGGUCGUAUCAUCUGGAGCUGACGAUAGUGAAGGGGGGCCCUCUGGAGGGAAGGUCCCAGCUGAUGACUUGCGGCCCUGGGACAGGGAUGGUGAUGGGCUUUUAGGCCGCACCGCGCACUCGGGUCAUGCCGAGGGUGGUGACAGCAGCUCCAUGGAUGUUGGCUUUGAAGUGGAGUCUGACGGCGAGACGCGGCAGCAGUUUCUGCUCGGCUCACGAAGAAGCCCAGCUUCACUUCCUGGCACGUCUGAGCAGAACUGUGGAUCGGCCCUCAGUGGCUCCCUCCCAUAUGACUCUGAGAUGGACCCCAGCCCCUCAUGGACCAAUCAGCACUCCUCAAACCUUCUGUCCGUCACUCAUAGGUCAUACCUAAAACCAGAUCACCAAGGGCCCGCGCUCCUUGCUCUCAACAGGUCCAGACUCGACCCGCUUGACCUCAACCGGUACUACAGGGACAGGCGCUUUGUCUGCAGCUACUGCGGGAAGUUCUUCACGUCCUCGCGGAGUCUGGAGACGCACGUGCGCGUCCACACCGGCGAGCGGCCGUACAGCUGCGCUCAGUGCGGGAAGCGCUUCACGCAGUCGGGUCACCUGAAGACGCACCAGAGCGUCCACACGGGCGAGCGGCCCUUCGCCUGCGAGCAGUGCGGGAAAAGAUUCGCUGGGAAGCAGAACUUGAGGAUCCACCAACAGAAACACCACGCAGCAGAACCAUCAGGCCCGGUCUGAACCAUCCAGAACCUAAGGGCUGACUCCAGCAUCAUCUAAAAGGCAAAACUCAGACACUGAUUGUUGAAGUUUGUCAAAAAUAAGUCAGAUCAGUGCCUGAAAAAUGUGAACACUUCCCAAAACUCAGAUUUGUCAAACUUGUACUCAAAUCAACUUUUAACAAGUAAAAGACACAAAUACUGAGCAUUGUUUUAAACAGAAUAACUUGCCUUUGGACAUUUUAUUCCAAAUACAU